AUUUUUUUUGCGUCAUUAACUGCCAUUGUGGCUUUUUUUUUUCUUUUUUUAAUCUGCACCACCUCUUUUUUAUUUGCAGCAGGCUUCGGUUUCUUUUUUUUUUUUUGCAUCAGUAACUUCCAUUUUGACUUUUUUUUCCAUCCUUUUUUUGUUUGCAGCAGGCUUCGGUUUCUUUGCCUUUUUUUUUUUGCAUCAGUAACUUCCGUUGUGACUUUUUUUUGCACCGCAGUGACGGUUCUCGGCCACCGUAGAAUGUUGAAUGAAAAUAUACAUACAAUUACCGCAUCUCAUGAUUUGUUGACGGAAGUCAUCUGACGGACUUUUGGACCUCGAACUGCUGGGUGAUGUGCACGUGCAGCCCCUUGCUUAGGGCGCGCACGUCACGACACUCAAUCUCAGAAGUAGAGGAACCAGGCGGCACGCGAAAUACACCUACAGAGCAAGGUGAGGAAUGGUGCAUGUUUUUUUCUACAUAAGCAUAACCAGUCAUGCGUAGAUAUGUGACCUUUGUGAUACUUUUGUACCUUUUGCCGAGCCCUGUGUUUUUUUUCCCAAUAAUGCUACGACUGGCAUGUUGUACUGAUGCUAAUGGUUAGCAUGACCAGGAUGGGAUGUCAACAAUCCAUCGCUGUAGUCGCCGGCCAAACAUUACAGCUACAACGUCUAUAUUUCACUUGUGCAUUUUAGGGGUCUGCUACCUGUUUCGGUUCCUUCUUAUUCCUGUUUGAAAACACCGCACAGACAGGUUCUCAGAGAUCACAGACGGGGCUGUUUAAGUAGUUUUCUAGCAUGAAGCCACAGUUGACAACAAGCUAGAGCAUGUUUGUGGUUUGCGCAGGCGCAGUGGUCAUUUUCUCAGCACUUCAUGAGCCUGGCUCGCCCCUGUUGUUGCGGCUUAUGACUGUCACACUGCACCUGUUUCAGUACCGCUUAUUUUUAUGGUUAUGUUGAUGUGCUACAUGACGGAUAGGAAGGAGAUCAUGUACCACGAGUUAGUGUUACUGUCGCGUAGUUAACAAAAAGCUGUUGUCAGUAAAGCCAGAGCUUCAUCCAAAGACCUUUGGUAGACUUCUCGGUCGUCCACCCCGGCCAUUGCGUUACUGAAACUAGUCAACCAUUAAACGUGUCUUAUUUAGUAUCAUAAAGGUUCAUCAGCGGUGCAAUACAAAUGUAAAUAGACAUGAAGACUUUUCUGAAAUGGUUUAGAGUACAAAACACAACAAAUAAGAAAACACAAUGAGUCAGAAAAAACAGCAAAUUAAACAACAAAUCACAAAACAUUAAAAACAUGAAAAUAUGUAAAAAUCACGAAACACAUACACACACAAAAAGAAAGACACAAUAGCAAAUCACAAAUUGCAAUAAUAUUAAGUAAUGGAAAAGCCCUCAGUGCAGCAUGAAUUGCUGCUGAUCUGUAAUGUACACUGUCUGUGACCUCUUUGCCACACUCUGGGUGAUUCACAAUUUUAUUUUCAGCCUCCUUAAUUUUUAUUUUUGUUUGCAUGUGGCAGAGGCGUAUUAAGCAUUUCCUCAAACUGAAAAAGACUGUGUGUUUGUCCAAUUAGUAAUAAUCUUUGCCACCUCAGUAGGGAUGUAACGAUUACCGGUAAAAUGAUAAACUGUGGUAAAAUGUCUGAUGGUUAGUACUACCGUUUCAAAUUUAAUUACCAUUAAAACCAUGUUUGAUGGCACCAGCACGCCAUCUGAGAGGUUAUUCAGUGCCAGCGGGGAUCAUUGUUUCUCCUCGCAGAUCACAAACAAGACCAAGUAAAUGUGCUGACAUUUUUACAUUUCAAUCUCAAGUAGUAAACAAAGUCAGCACCAGCACCUUAUGGUGGAGAAAACGGACAGUCGGUGUGGUUCAUUUGAUUUGUUUAUAUAUUUUAUGUUAUUUUAAAGACCUGGGGGGUAUUCCACAAAGCUGGCUAAAGAAGGCUGGGCUAACGCCGGUAAGCAUGGCUUGAAUAAGCGGCCACUUUAAUCUUAGCUGCGACUCGUUCCACUAACGAGGCUCAGCUGUUUUUCAGAGACGCUUAUUCUAGCCAGGCUGAUCCAAGCCGCGGCUAUGCGCGCCUCCGCGGUACAUAAAAAGCCCCGAUGUAUCGAUUGUCGAAAUGACAAGAUCAUGGAAAAAAAGGGCAGAGCGGAGUCUUUCUCAGCGGCGGAGCAAACACUCCUCAUGUUGUUGCUGUUGUCGCCUUCAGUGUUUUGGAUGAGAUUGUUUGUGCCUUUAUUCUGUUAUAUGUUGACAGUACAUUGAGAGUCACAGAAUAAAAGAAAGAAAAUCAGAUAUUUCCAAAUAAUUACCGCUGACGGGAUCGAACCCACAGAGCAGUGCAAAACACAUUUUACCGGCACUUCUCUUUAUCCACUCAGCUACUGAAUUUCUCUCUCUUUUUUAGGUUGGCGUAGUAUUUGGCAUGUCCGGAAUUUAUUUUUCCUAACAAGAGCAUCAUUUAUUACAGAUAAAAAUGAAAUUACUGUGUGACAUGCAAUUCACAAAGCGUCUUCUGGAAGCCCGUCGGACCCUCUCUGAGACACAGCUAAGGCUAGCUUGACCGUAAGCCUGCCUGGGACCAGGCUUGUCGCGCUGGCUGAGUUACCAUGGUUACCAAGCCACGCUAGACCUAAGCCCCGUUUAUGGAACCGAACUCUCACUAAAAUUAGCCAAGCUAACCGAAAUAAGCCAGGCUUUGAGCUAAGCCAGCUUCGUGGAAUACCCCCCUGCACUACACAUUUACAUGAGGUUGUUUUGUUUCAUAUAGUUGUGUUGCUCUGUUUUAUAUUUGUAAGAGUAGAUCUUUUUGAGCACUGAAGAUUCUUACAAUUUGCACAAUAAGGAAUGUCAUUUUAUUUAAAUUUUAUUUGUUAUUAUGUUAAUGUUUAUGCCACUGGCACAUUACUUUGUACUUUGUUAUUACUAGCACUAGUGUUGAUUACCUCUGGCUCUUUUAAGGCCUCAUCUCUAAUUUUUUAAGCUUAUCGUUCCUCUGUUAUUUCAGGUUAAGGAAAAGUUUAUCCUGUGUGUUAUGUUGGUUGUUUUUUCUAAAUAAAACUUUGUCAAAUGAUUUCAUAUAAGUACUUUUUAAACAUUUUGAACAUAUUUCAACAAUACCGUGAUGAUAUUGAUAACCGUGAUAAUUUUGGUCACAAAAAUCGUGAUGUGAAAUUUCCAUAUCGUUACAUCCCUACACCUCAGAUACACACCCUUUUCUGUAAGAGGUUAACGUUGCUGUGUUUUGUAUUUUUUUUUCUUUUUUGGAGAUUAGCUAUGUGUUGUGAUCAGUGUGUUUUCUUAUUUGUCAUUGUGUUUUUCACUUUAGAGCCUGUUAGAGUCUGUUGGCCUGCUCUCUGUACUUUACCCCUUUUUUCUACCGGGAAAUCAUCAGCACACACCUCAAAGAUGUUUUCUCAGAAGUGCUGUAUAUUUAGUUUCGUCUUGCCCAAGGUAAUUUGCAUGUCAGUGUCAUUAUUAUCACUCCUUCCUCUUUUUAGGUUUGAUAGACCCUGUUCUGCCACCUGGUGCGGAGGUCUCGCUGGGUGGGGGGGAAACAUGACGAGCGGGAAGAGCCUGCUGCUGAAGGUGAUCCUGCUGGGGGACGGUGGAGUGGGCAAGUCCUCCCUUAUGAACCGCUACGUCACGGACCGUUUCGACUCCCAGUCCUUUCACACCAUUGGGGUGGAGUUCCUAAACCGGGACCUCGAGGUAGACGGGCGCCUAGUCACUCUUCAGAUAUGGGACACAGCUGGCCAGGAGCGCUUCAAGUCCCUACGCACGCCCUUUUACCGAGGUGCAGACUGCUGCCUGCUCACAUUUGCUGUGAACGACCUGCAGAGCUUCCAAAAUCUCGGCUGUUGGAAGAAGGAGUUCAUGUUCUACUCGGACGUCAAAGACCCUGAGCGUUUCCCUUUUGUGGUGCUUGGCAAUAAGGUUGACAUGGAACAGAGGGAGGUGGGUACAGAAGAAGCACGGGCAUGGUGUGAAGAGAACGGCUGCUGCCCUUACUUUGAGACCAGUGCAAAAGAUGACACUAAUGUCACUGCCGCAUUCGAAGCAGCCGUACGGGAGGUUCUGGCUGCUGAGGACCAGAUUGACCAUGCACUUCUGACUAGUACAAUCGACCUCCAUGGAAACCGCAAAACUUCCCGCACAUCCUGCUGCUGAUUAGUCAGGUGUAAUUCUGCCUUGUCUCAUUCUCUGUGGCUUACUCUUGCACUUGGAAGUUGUCAGGGCUAGUCAGAUAUUAUUUAUGGUACACAUGCUAUAGGUACAAAGGUACUGAGUGCAGUAUCAGCGAAAGAUAAUGUGGAUAAGAUAUAGCUGCUUUCAGGGUGGCGAUGUCAAGGAUACGGCUGGUAUCUCCUAUGUUGAAUAAUGCUCUAACCCCUUUGAGGUACUAAACUCUAAGGUACAGGCACACUGUAACAGGCACACUCAUCCUUUUUACUCCAUCUUUCAGCGGUGUUGCAGGAAAAAAACGGUUUUACACAGCUUCAACUUUGUCUGCCCUCGCAGGAGUUCUAUCAAGUAGUGUUUUUGAAGCGUUUAUUUGAUUGAAACAAUUUAGAUUAAAGUCAACACAUUGGUGAAGAGGAUUUAUUCACCCUCCCUUGAAUAGCACACUUAUAGAUUCAGCACAGUAGGUCUCUUAACUCUACAGUCUGACCAUGAACUGAUUUUCUCCAGGUUUUAGAGCCGCUUUGAAUACAGUAUCGUAUUUUCCUGUUUUCAGAUAUUUGAGCAGAAGUAGAGAGCUAAUGUAUUUCCUGGACCUAGAGGGUGUCUUUGAGUGACAGUGUUACAGGCUGAGGAACUCUAAGCGUCAGUAUGAUGACCGAUCAAUUUGAGGUACGAGAAAGUUGAAUGAUUUUUGCAUACAAAAGGGACAUGGAGUUGUUGUUCGAUUGAAAGGGAAUGAGCUUUAAUUUUGCUGCUUUGCUUGUGGUACUAGCUCUUGUGGUUUCUCUCAUGAACUCGUUUUAUCUAUUCCCUCUGCACUGGUGAGUUGCUGGAGACGUCAGGUAUGAUUUAAGCAGUCCAGGAUCAUUUCAGUUCUCAACGGUUUAUGUCUGUUGGCUUGCUCUCUGAGUGAGGAGUUUCUCAAGGUACAAAAUAACUGCUUUAUCUUCCCGUGUUGAUAAGCUGCUGCUCCUUUUUUUUUUUUCUGAAGCACAUUUCCAUAAACAUACAUGUUUUUCCUCACAGACAGCAUGUGCUAUUUACUUGAGUGUUACAGUGUCAGAAUAAGGGCUGAUCAAAGUCUGUUUUCCUGAUUUCCAGAGGAGGCUGUAAUGAUCUGAAUCAAUAGUCUCGUAAUAAUCUUUAGUCAUGUCGUCUAAUCCCUGCCUUGUUGAUUGUGUAGCAAGCCUUAACAUUCCACUCUUUUACUGUCUCCAUUCUGGUGUCUCCCUUUCUUUACUCAGACAUUUCAUGCGCCUUGUGCUGUCAGUCCGCUCGGUUUUGUUCUCAGCUGAAUAUGAAAUAGCCGGAGCACAAGGAUAUGACUGUUGGGACUGCUAAUGUAUGCAUUGUGCAUCACCUCUCUUCUCCGUUUAUACAGUUUUGAAUGAAACAUACAACUGUAUUCUGACAACUUAACAAUGUUUUGCUUGUUUCAGGGAGAUGGUACUUCUCUCUUUUGUUUGUUUUUUUUUUCCACUGAAAAACCAUUACAAUGUAUUACUGGUAUCAGCCAGGGGGCAAUGUUGUUUGCCUGAAUGUUUGAGAAAAUAAUGUCUGAUUCAAAAGGUCAAAAUAUUGAUAAUAAUUCACAUCAGUUUUUAGAUUGCUACUGAACUGGUACUUCAAAUUUUAUUUAUUCAAACAGCAAUGCCUGGUCCGUGAAUACGGUUAAUUCAAUUUCCGAAUGCACAAAGUUGCCAUGGUUCAAAUUGUACUCCAUUGUUACAUCCUUUUUCUCUGUUAUUGAAAGUACUGUGUUUCUGACGGUUAUUUUCCUUUACAGUCAAAUUUUUUUUAGCAUUUGUCAGUGUGAAUGCAGACAAUGAUGAUCAAACACUCACUGUGAAAGUUUACCUAAUUAAAUCAGGUACAGGGAUAUUUACUGUUAAAAUGGGUCUUGGUUUAAUACAGGCUUCCAAUAAAUAGAUAUGAACUCUGUUAGAGUAUAAGCAGGCGGGUUGCUGUAGUGAUACUAAUAAGAGAAUUAAAGAUAUAGAGAUCCUAGAUACUGUGAACUGAGUUUGGCAUUUUAACAAAGUAAAAGCCGGUUACUGGUCAGAAAUGCAAAAGAAACAAAGAGGGCCGUUAGUUUGUCAGUAUUCAUAUUUGGAUUGUCUUUUUCUGCUAUUUUUAGUUGUUAUCCUGAUAGGAUGAUGUAGCCUGCCAGACUGUUAACCUGAAACAUAACUUUCAUUACAAUCAGAGGGACUCAUAAGCUGUUGCAUAACCCUGCAGUAUGUUGUGGUGUUAUAAUCACUGCAACCCCAUCUUAUUUCAGUAUUUUUAUUUAAUGUUGUAGUAAUAUUCAUGAAUGUCAACACACAUCUUUGGGCUCUCCAUAUAAAUGGCUUAUGUAUAUUGCUUUUAAAAUAAUGUGUAAAUCUGACACUCAACGUCUGUUACACUCUCAGCGCUCAAGCUCAUGAGUGUGAUUAAAGCUGUGUGAAAGUUGGACUGUUCAUCCUGAUUAUGUGUUGAUCUAAUGGACAACUUCCCUUAAUCCUCUUUUUUGCACUACCGAGGAUGGGACUGGGCGUGCCAACAUGCUGGCAAAGUGGUAAAUACUCUCCAGUGCUUGGCUACAAAUAAAACAUGCAACAACCAAACAGAGACUCUCAUCUUGUCUGUGGUCUUUGUGCUCAUGCUUUGAAAACUCAUGAAAGUGUGCGGCUUCGCACUGACUUUAAUUGCUGGCUUAAUGAUAACCAGUGCUUUCAAACUAUUUUUAAAACUAAAAUAGGUCACUCAAACUAAUCAGUAUACUUCAGCUGUCCACCUUUCUGCAGGUAUUUUCACCGACAGGAAAACGUUUUCAGGGUUGCAAUUAAGCACAAAUCUAAUCCCGAGCAAGAUCCCAAACUGUCAAACUCUUGAAUUUCAUCACACUAGACCUUGAAUGUCUUUGAAUGACCAAUUAUGUGUGAGAACCCAAGAGGCAGUGAACACUGUUUAUUUCCUCUUCAUUAAAAAGGAUAUUAAGCAUGCACUGCUUACUGUGAAAUUAGAACCAGGCAGGGCCAAAAGAAAAAGAACAUUUCUUGCCAUUUUGUCUGCCUAUCAGGCGACAUAUUUUGAAAUCAAAGUAAAUACAUAGAAAGCAAAAUUCUAUAGUCAAUAGUAACAUAAGGAACAUUAUAGAAAAUGUUGAAAAAAAAUGGAACACAUUUAGUCCAAAAAAUAAUAAUUUUUCACUAUUUUAUAUCUUGAAAUGUAACAGAAAAGCCAAUACUGUAAACAGCCUAGAAUACUAAAGGUUGACAAUUUUAACACUGAGCAAAGCCAACAGAUUUAAACACUUCAGGUGACCAGUUUGGGCGUGGUGGACAUCAGUUGAAAAGAGCUCCUGCAGCAACACUGGGAGCGCUGUCAGGAGGUGUCAGACAUGUUCACAGGGUACGGAGAGCACAGUGUCUCUCCUCUAUCCCUCUGAAGCCUUCCAUACAGGUCAUAGCCUCUCCUCUCCUCUUUCACCCUUUGCCUCAGCUUCCUCAGGUACACCUGGUUCAAAGCCAAGUGCAGGGAACAGUGCACCUGUGGACCCAAGAGGGGAGAAUACAAAACACCUUACAAAAU